ACAACAACAACAACAACAACAACAACACAGUCGCAGACGUACAAGUCACAACGUCAGCCAACCAGCCUUUGAACACUCCUACCACUAACUACAUAAUAGCCAACCAGCAACCAAACAAACGAUGCCCAUCUCACUCUCACCAGCCACCUGGAACAGCCUCGGCCUGGGCGUCGCCGCGACGUGGGCGGCCCUGGGCAUCGCGGGCGGCCUGCGCCCCGCCGCCGCCGCGGACCUGUUCGGCAUCACCGCGCUCGGCAGCGGCGGCCGGGGCGACUACAAGUCGGGCGCCGACCGGGACAGCAUGGUGGGCUUCGCGGGCGUGCUCGCCUCCCGCGACGCGACCAUUGCGCUCGCCCUGCUCUACCUCGGGCGCGCCGGGCGCAACGCCGACAUGGGCGCCGUCAUCCUCAGCACCAUGACCGUCACCGUCGUCGACGUUUGGCUGGUGUGGCGGAAGAAGGGCUUCAACGCGGAAAUGGCAGUGCUAACGGCCGGGUCCCUCAUCUGGGCCGUCAUUGGCUUCGGCCUGCGAGGGCACUUUGACUGAUGGCGGACGGCAUCGUUGCUCCCCGAGACAGACCCCACGAUGGCUGCAUGAAGAAGGAGAAGGAGGGCCAACGUCCGGCUGCGCGUGCAAAUAGUACUUCGUACGUUGGGUGCCGCCUCGCAACGGACAUGUCCGCCAACACACCUGCCUAAACGGAGGACAGACAGUUCGAGAGACGGCAAACGUGUAUAUUAUACUUUUUAUACUCUUAUAGCGCUUAUGAGUGUGGAUGCCCUCUCCGCUCCUAGACAGCUUGGGUG